AUGCCUCUGUCGAAGAUCCAAGGUGCUAGGCUCACUGCCUCGGCUGAUUUCCAUGUCCACCUGCGCGAUGGCCCAAUGAUGGAGCUAGUGACUCCUACAAUUCGCCAGGGAGGUGUGAAUACAGUAUUCGUAAUGCCCAACUUGGUACCGCCCAUCACCACAGUCGACCAUGCCUUGGACUACCAGAAGCGCCUGCAAGCCAUUGAGCCAAAUGUCCACUACCUCAUGUCCCUUUACCUGCACGAGAGCAUUACACCCGACACCAUCAUUGACGCCAAGAAGCGCGGCCUCGCUGGUGUCAAGAGCUACCCCGCGGGCGUGACCACCAACUCCAGCUCAGGUGUUGUGGAUUACUCCCAGUUCUACCCUGUCUUCGCGGAGAUGGAACGACAGGACAUGGUUCUGAAUUUGCACGGCGAAGCCCCGUCUCAGGGCGAUGUCACUGUCUUGUCGGCGGAGGAGCGGUUCUUGCCCAAGUUGUUUGAGCUUCACUCCAAAUUUCCCAAGCUUCGAAUCAUUCUUGAGCACUGCACUACUGCUGCAGCCGUCGAGGCUGUCAAGAAAUGCGGCCCUACCGUAGCGGGUACGAUCACUGCUCACCAUCUCUCCAUCAUCAUUGACUCGUGGGCUGGAGACCCAUUCUGUUUCUGUAAGCCCGUGGCGAAGACCCCAGCCGAUCGGGACGCUCUUCUCCGCGCAGCGGCAUCGGGCAAUCCCAAGUUCUUUUUCGGUUCCGAUAGUGCCCCUCACCCAGCAGCCUCCAAGCGUGGUGGUGAGAAGAUUGCAGCCGGCGUGUUUACACAACCAUACACCACCCAAGUCGUCCUUGAUUCCUUCGAGCAGGCCUGUGAAAAUGGAGUUCUCAAUGAAGAGGAUAUCACCCCAGAGAUUGUUGAAGGUUUCAUGAGCAAAUUCGGUCGCGCAUUUUAUGGUCUUCCUCAGGAGGAGAAAGAAUUCAUCACAGUCGAGAAGAAGGGUGAGAAGAUUCAAGACAUCCUCAAAUCAGACCAGACCGACGUGGUUCCUUUCCGGAAGACACAGGAAACUUGGACCGUAUCUUGGUCCUCAUAG